AUGGCGGUGAAACAGGAAGUCCUCAGGAGACCUCUUGUCGCGAAACGAGCGACUCUCCCUGAGCUGCCAGAGAGCUUGCGACGCUUCUGGACCGACACCUUUGAACAACGCUUCCUGCUAGACUACGAGAUCUCGGUUCCCAGCAAGCUCAUCUCCGAAAACAAACCUUUCCGCGCCAUCCUAGUUGCAUCUCCUGAGGUUGCUGGUCAAAGGCUGCCCUUUGCAGGCGAGAAGUUCGUCGGCCUUGUGGAGAUCGCCGGAGUGCAGUCGCGUCAUUCUCACGUCAUCAACGUCCUAGGCGCGGGGAACAAACGCGUGGUGCCAGCCUGCGACGGCCUCCAAGAUCUGACGGUCGGCAUGGCGUGGAUUGACGUCAGCAACACGACGAUCGACGGCCAGGAAGCGCCAGGGCAGCGGCGCUCUGGCAAGCUGGAAUCAGAUGCUGUCGCCGAAAGGUUUCGCUUCUUCCAAGGGAAAGGGCCGCUGACGUCACACGUGACGGUCUUCGUUAGCGUGCUGCUGCAACGAACGUAUCUUGAGUGUGAGAGAAGUCGCGUCCGAAUCCAACGGACGCCAGAAUGGAAGCUUCUGAAGGAAGUCGAGCGCUCUGGAGACGCCUUCUUCCGAGGGACGGACGGCUCCACAAUCUUUGCGCACUCCUCGGUGCUCGCGAGCGCUUCUUCCCACUUCCGAGCAGUGCUAGACAAGCGACCAAAACUCAUCGGACGCUCCAUAUUGGGACUCCCGCUGCCAGUUUCUGCCGAUGGCGACACGAUUCGUGCGUUUCUGAAGUGCCUGUACGGAGUUCCCGUCCUUCUACUCGCGCUCGAGUACAGACGCCCAACGCUUGAGAGGCUGUAUCGACUUGCGGACGCAUGCGGCGCGCGGGGACACUGUCUUGAGAUCUCGGACUGCCUGGGUGUGUCCGAAAACGACCUUGCGGACCGGUGA